CUUCCAUGGAAACCCCGAGUAGACGACAAAAUCACAAAAAAGCUAGCAUUUUGUAGCAGGGCCAGAACGUCGCCGCUUGGACCUGAUCAAGAAUGGUAAAGGCAAGCUAAAACGACACCGUAGUAUAGAAGUAUUGGAGUAAAAGCAAGCUUUCUUUACUCUUGAAUCAGAAAGGUCGAAGAAAGCGUAAAGGGGCUCAGAUUUCAUCCCAGAAAAGUGGAAACAGAGGGUGCCGUCGGCCAUUUGGUAGGUCGUAGAAAGAAUAACGAUGAUUGACACAUGUAUAAUAUGAGACUCGAUGCACUGAUUCAAUCAAUGGAACCACAAAAGUGUAGAGACUAUAGUACAAAAUCAAGCAGAUCAAGUUGGACAGGUCAAUGAAGGUCAAAGGAGUGGCUAGAGCAAGAUAGUGCCCUAAUCUCCAUGAUCUCAAACACUGUUUCAUCUGAAGCUUUAACUCUGGUAAUUGGCUGCCAAUCUGCAAUGGGAGGUAUGGUUUACACUCUAGAAUAGAUAUGCUUCAGUUUCAGAAUCACAUGUGAUGCAGUUGAAAUCAGCUAUGCAAAAUAUACAGAAAGGGUCAGAUUCUAUUGAAAAAUACCUGUUGAAGUUUAAGCAUAUUAGAGAUCAAUUGGCUGCUGUUGGUGUUAGGAUGUCAGAUCAAGAUGUUAAGGUGUUAAUCCUAGCAGGGUUACCUAGUGAAUAUGGUCAUACUAGACAGAUUAUCAGAGGCAAAAGUCAAAUAGAUAUGGAAGAAGUUAGAUCCUUAUUGUUGUCUGCUGAAAUUGAGAUUGAAUUAGUGCAUAAGGCUGUACCAUUAUCAUCUCUAACUGCAAUGGUUGCUCACAAUGGAUCAGUCAAUAACUCAUUACAGUAUGGUCAACUGAGCAUGCUUUUUAAUCAGAAUCAAGGGUUAUACAACUCUGCCUAUAUGAAUGGGGGGUUCUAUACCAGCUUGUAUGCCUAAUCUUGCUCAGAAUCAAAGCAUGUAUACUGGAGUAAUGCCCAUUAUGAAUGGUAUAUAUUUAUGCAAUAAUGCCUAAUAUGACUACCAUGAACCAUUUCAAUGCUACUCCCAGCUCUGCUACUACUCAACUUGUACCUCCUUCAAACACAAUGAGUACGACAAUUGGCUUUUCAAGUGGUACAAAUCUUGACAACGGCUUCAAUUCUCAGUUCAACAAAGGAUUUGCCUCUGAGACAUCUCAGUUCAAUAAUGGUGGUUAUCCAAUAUCUUCUGUUGGCUUUCUGGCUAACACUAAUGGUGGCUUUUCUCAACAAGGACCCUUUCAGCACAACUUCAACUCUACAGGUGGACAACACAAUGGCUAUUCUCAAAACAAUAAUGGCAGAAAUGGAAAUGCAGGCAACGACAGUGGUUCAAAUGGAUACUCAGGGAACAACAAUGGGGGUUACUCAGAUGACAAUGGAGGAUACCCAAACUUUCCAACAAAUAGGGGUACAAGUCACAACAACAGGAACAAUGGAAAAGGGAAUUACAACAAUCUCAUUGUUUGUCAAAUCUGUGAGAAGCUAGGGCAUGGUGCUCGGAAGUGCUUUCAAAGGAACUCACAACAAUCUCAAAAUGGUGCAUCAUCAUCAUCUGUGAAUUGUCAGAUAUGCAAGAGGCCUGGACAUGUAGCCAAAAACUGUUUCUACAGGCAACAGAAUUGUAACAACAACAACAAUUCUCACAAUGGAAAUACAGCAAUGGUGGCUUGUUGUAACAACAAUUCUACACCUGUUCAGCAUGAAGUGUGGCUCACUGACUCAGGGGCUACCAAUCAUAUGACAUCCAAUAUUCAGAAUCUGCAAAAUGUCACAACUUAUACCUCUGAUGAUGGGGUACAGUUUGGUAAUGGUACAAGUCUUCCCAUUGUGAAACAGGGUUCAAACAACAUUCUUACUAAAUCUGGUUCUCUUUAUUUGCAAAAUAUUCUAUAUGUACCAGAUUUAGCUGCGAAUCUUCUAUCUGUGUAUAAUCUAUGUAAAGAUAACUAUGUUAGGAUGAUUUUUGAUGAGUUUGAAUUCUUGAUACAGGACAAGGUGACAGGCAAGGUUCUAUAUGAAGGACUGUGUGACAAGGGGCUCUAUCCAAUACCAGUUUCAGUUGCAUCAAGUUUCUUUCUACAUUAACACCCAAGCUUGGGAGCAAGGUUUCACACUCUCUCUGGCAUCAACGGCUUGGUCACCCUUCUAAUGCAGUAGUUUCUAGUAUUUUGUCAAAAUCUAAAAUUUCUGAACCGUCUGAUUCAUGUAAACUGGUUUGUGGGUCAUGCUUAGCUGGGAAGUUCACUAGGUUACCUUUUCAUAGUAGUUCAGAAAAAUCUAGUAUACCUUUUGAGGUGAUCCAUUCUGAUCUUUGGGGUCCCUCACCUAGUAUGUUGUUUGAGGGUUUCAAGUACUAUUUGACUCUCAUUGAUGAAUGUACCAGAUUUACAUGGAUUUUUCCAUU